AUGACCUGUCUUAUCUCGAAGCCAGGCUUCCAGGUUCUUCGUGUUUCGCAAUCUGUCGAUCGUGUAAAUCCUAUGCUUCUUAUGCAGUUUUCAUCUCUUGAUUAUGUAUCUCCGAGUGUUGAUAUCGCUUGCGCCUGCACCUGCACCUGCCUCUCUGCAUUUCUCCCGGCACUUGCUCCAAUCCAGACUCCACAGCGGUUUAUGUCCCCGCUCACCGAAUCCUAG